AUGCUCUUGUUAAACAUCGUCCUGCUUACUACAAGCACUCAGAUCCUUGCUUCUCAAUUUGCAGAGCCUCUGCCUCGAUUCCUUGACUCUCGAGCAGAUACAUCAGGAGGCUGGGCAUUGAGUGCCCCAUCCUGCCCGUCAAAUGUCCAGACGUGUGAUCGUUUCUGCUGUCCGUCGUCUAUGGACUGCGUCCGUGUCGCGCCGCAGAGUCACUGCUGUCCAAAAGGUACCACAUGUGAAGCAGUUUAUAAGGCAAGCCCGCAAUGUGCGGAUGAUUCUUGGUCUCUCUGGAAUCGAACAGAUCUCAAGAAAGGUGACGGAUAUUUUUGUUGCCUACCUGGCCAAAUUGGCACAAAUAGCAACAACUGUGUCGCUGGAAAUACCCCAGUAGUAGCUACACUAUCCGCUCAGCUCCUCUCAUCAGCAGCUGGUGGUCCACCUUCAGCUUCUACGUCGGUAGCGAAAUCAUCGAAGACUAUGGCUACAUCCGCAGGGGAGUCAGAAACAGGUGUGACGAGUAGUGUGAGCGUCGUCAGUACGGCCAGCCAGAGUAGAACCGGGACUCCCACAGCUACGCCAGCUGCGACUUCAAGCUCAUCGGCCAACAAGAUUUCUGCUAUGCAUCAAAUCGGUCUUCUUGGAGGGUUUCUGAUAAUGGCUCGGAUGCUUCUCUGA